GUCGCUCCAAAACCCCGCGCCUCCCCCGCCGUGGCGGGGAGCGGACAGUGCUGGCGCCGCCGCGGGGCAAACGAGCGGAACGAGCUGCGCGGGGAACUACACUGCCCACCACAGCCGGCACAGGCCCAAGGGAGGCGGUGAGGGCUGGCACCGCCCAGGCGGAGGAGGCAGCCCGGCCGGGGCGGCCCCGGCGGUGGGAGCGGUGCCAGGAGGAAGCAGAGGCGGCCCUCAGGCCCUCUUUCCUCGGCAGGACAGUGUCGGCUGAGCCUCGGAGCCGGCAGGAAACGCCCCCCUGGCUGCUGCAGCUGCUGGGGCAGGGGAAAACCAGUCUCCUUUGUUUACCAUAGGGGAUUGUGGUGACUCUGGCUCGGCAGGGCGAGUGUCUGCUCGGUGCAGCUUGUAUUGUUCAGGACACUGUGGGUUUUGGAAAAGAUACAACCAUUUACAUUAUUCAGUCUACAUUUUAUUUGAUAAUGUGAUUGUCAGGCAGUAGUUACGAGCGUAACAGGGCUGAUGAGCAGUUGCUUGAUGAGCAGUAGGGUUCAGACUGCGCACUUCAAGUGGGGAUAAUUUGGAAAUACUGAUAUUUCUUUUGCUCGGAGUGCAGGACAUAGAGACAGCCCUCACUCGAGUACACACUGGACUCUGCUGCCUUGCCAGGUUACCGUGCGGCCUGGGGAUCUGAGGAAAUUUUGGGACAAAGUAAAGGAAAAGGCAAUGGAGAUGGGGGACUGGGACCUAAUGGAAAGAUUUAGAGGCAUUGGACACAGUUUCUUUGAUUUUUCAGAUUCUGCCAGGAAUAGACAAUAUAGUGCAGGAGAGACAAGCUCCAGCCAGGGGACUGUCUCUGCUCCUGUGACAUCUAACGGGCAGGAUCACAGAGAUGCUGUGACCUCGCAGGGGGGUCUUCAGGCUUUUCCUGUAAUAAAAGGAAAUUCUAGAACAGGCCUGACCACAAAAACAGUGAUGGGUAUCAGAGACAAGGUUGCACAGCAUGGACUGGGAUCUCAGGAGGUAAUGCACAUGAUACACAUUCUUAAUUCUGAGCCACUGGUACUAUAUGAUAUUAGGUACAUUGCUCAGGUGUUGUUUCAGCCUAUUCAAUUUGAGAUUUUUGAGGACAACUGGAGUCAGAUACCCAUAAAAGUGGCUGGGCAAAAUAGUCAAUUGCGUCAAGAGGACUCUAGAUUUAGGAUUGGGCCUGACCUUUUGACAGGGAUUGGAAAUUUUUCUAACCCUGAUUCUCAGGUCACAUUCCACCUGCUGAUGUUGGAGCAGUGCCAGAGGACUGGCUUUGCAGCUCUGAUGAAAACAAUAGAGCUGUCUGCUCCAAAGCAAAAGUUUGCUACUAUUGUCCAGGGACCUAAGGAGCCGUACAUGCAGUUCAUUGAGAUACUCUCUGCCUCCUUAGAGAAGCAAGUAGACGAACCAGAUCUGAGACGUCUACUGCUCACAGAGUUGGCAAGAAGCAAUGCCAGUGAUGACUGUAAGAGGAUAAUACAGGCCCUCCCAGGUGACCCAUCUGUGGCACAGAUGGCUCAGGCUUGUGCAAACAUGGGCACCCCAGAUUGCAAGGUGGCUGCCUUGGUUACUGCCUUACCAGGGUCCUCAAAGGGACAAAAAGGUAAGCAGCAGAAGCAGGAAACAGCACGAGCCACCGAGAAGCAGGGGAAACAGAAGCAGAAAGGGAAAGCUCCCUCGUUUCUGUGUGCAUGGUGUAGGUGGCCAAAUCACUUUGCAGAGGCUUGUACAGUGAAAUUUGAGACUAAAGGCCAGCCUCUGCCAGAUCAGGGAAAUACAAAGCUGAGCUCAAAGGGGAAACACGCUCAGACGUAAGCAUUUCCCCAGGUCCUGAAGCUGAUGCGGACUUGCUCAGCCAGCUUGUGGCUAACACCUCUGGCUUAGCUGGACUUGAUAUCUGCACAGCAGCAACAGUAGUCCUGAAUUCUUGCAAAGUGCACAGAGCUCCUUUGGAUGCCUAUGGACCCCUGGGGGAGGGUAAAAGUGCUCUCCUGAUGAGGUGGUCAAGUGCCACCCUCCAGGUUAUCAUUGUGCAUCUGGGACUUAUCAAUGCUGAUUAUUCAGGACAAACUUCUGCUAUGGUUUCCAUGCCCACCCCACCCCUCCCCUCACUGUUCCUUAGAAAACAUGCAUUGCUCAACUUGUGCCUUUCAAGUCCUCAGUUUCUAGGGCUGUGAGCUGGUGACAAGGGGAUGGUUACUUUGGAUCAACUGGACCACCUCGGGUGUACUGGACUGCAACCCUGACUGAUGAAAGGCCUGAGAUGUGGUGUACCGUGUGCCUCCCUGGUGCUACCCCACCAGAAAUCCACCUGCAAGGCCUGAUUGACACAGGUGCCGACGUCACCAUCCUGGCCUCCUCUGUGUGGCCCCCGCAGUGGCCUCUGGAUCCUGUGGAGUUGCCUGUCGCAGGGUUGGGUGGAACGGCCACAUGCUUCAUCAGCCAGCAGCUGGUGCAGAUCAUGAACUCAGAGGGACAAUCUGCAAUAGUUUGGGUUUAUGUUGCCACAGCUAUUGCUAACCUCUGGGGGCGGGAUGUACUGGCAGUUUGGGGGGUUCGGAUCGGGAUGGAUUUUUAGUGGGGACUUAUUGGAAAACCACUCAGACUAUUCACCAAGUCUUCAUAGAAGUAUAGUGAAUGUCGUUUAUUUUUAUCUUUAGCACACUUUUAUAGGGUCCAACAGGGUCUGUGGGCUUAGCAAGCUACUACUGGUUAAUACCUAUUGUUUUACAUUCUUUCCCCAGUACACAAUGCCAUUGUUUUUCUUUAUUCUCAUUGUUCAGGAGAGCUUCAAGGACACUGUCUGUUGCUGUUGGACAUGAAAUGAGUCACGUAGACGCACUUUGAGGUGUGGUGAAGGAAAGGUCCAUGUUCCACAGAAGGAGGAGGACCUGGACUGAAUUAAGGAACCCUUUGCCAAAAGCUGCUGCAUGUCAAGAAAGCUUUUCUGGUGUUCGAGGGGAGUACAGAGCCAUGUGAAGAAAAGAGCUCCACUGAUUACUGUAAAUAGAGAAAUGCCAGCAGGCACCCAAGAGAAGUCACAGCCCCAGGGCUGGUGGCUGUCCCAGAACUGAAGGAGUCAGACAGGAAAUACCAGGGACCUUUCCCAGGACUGAACCCUGCUCUAUUUCCUCCCACUACCUUUUCCUAUUUUCCUUCCUCCUCCUUUUCCUAUUUUCCUUUCCUCCUUCCUUCCUCUGGUCUGAAAGGAGGGAAAGCAUAUAAAUGGCAUAAAACAGUCAAUAUUUGAGGGGUUUUCUCCUGAAAGCAGAGCAAUAGAGUGAUGGCUUCUUAAAGGGUAACAAUGAAUAGAUGAUGUGCAUGUGGAACUGUCCUGAAUACACCUCUGCUAUUGAUAACUGAUGAGCACAGACAUUCACCUGAGAUCACCACUCAUGGAAAGGUAGUUGUGCUUCCAGGAAUAGGUCACCCCACUUCUCACAUUCAGAGACAAUUUGUUUUCUCUGUCUCUCUUUGUCUUUCUCUCAUAUUUAGAAGGAGCCCUGACAACUGGUUUAGAUAGGAAAAUUAUUUUAUGCAGGGCCAGAUCUGCAAUCCUGAGCCAAAGUGGAAGCUUUGAGGGGAAAAAGAAAAGGA